GAAUCGCCAAUUUCACUUUACGUUGCCGUGCAAUUCCCCAUUUUGUUCUCAAUGGUUUGACGUCGGAAAACCAAUAUAAAACGUCUAUUCUACGAUUCGCAAGGGACUGAAAGGUCGAGUGAAAUCAGGAAAUUCCGAGUAUCCCCAUCGAAAUGACUCUGGCAACUUGCUCGAAAGACCUAAAACUAUACAACUGGCCCGGAAUCACCCUCGCAGGGGUGUACGAAACACCCGACGACUGCGUGGUCAUAAAAACAAUCUCAUGGAGCAGCGACGGAAAAUCCCUGGUGAUCGUCAAGAGCAAAGACAACCCCUUGAUGAUAUCGGUGCCCUUCCAGGUGGACAAAAGACUUGAACCGACUUCGAUCCUCAAGAACAUAUCGGCAAGGUCUGGAGUGUUCGCCAAUACCAGCAACACGUCAGUGGCGUUCGGGAAUAUAGACGGAGCGGUGUGCAUCUACGAUUUGAGGAAGAAGAGGAUAAUCAACGAGUAUCAGGCGGUUCCUUCGUCUGUUAAUUUCCUGGAUUUCUCCUUCGAAGACACCUGUCUGGCCGCAGGAUGCGCCAACGGGCAGAUAGUCCUGUACACGUCCAAUACGCAGCCUUGCGCCAGUUAUAGUGUUCCUUAUUCACAUUCCCUGUCAGCCAUGACGUUCAAUAAGACUCAGUCUGAUCUGCUGGCUGCUGGCAGUAAGGAAGGAGCGAUUUGCGUUUGGGAUACGACCAAGGGAGCUGCGCUGGUCACCGGGAAGGAUCACACAGGGACGAUAACAGAUCUGGCGUUUUACGGCGAAACCGUAGCAAGCGUAGGAGUGGACGGAAAAUUCAUCAAUUACGACCUCAGAAGUAACGAAUACACUUCCUGCUACAAUCUGAACGUUCCAAUUUCGUCGUUAGCACUCCUACAUAACUCAUACGAAAUGGCCAUCGGUACCAGCGACGGCCAGCUCAGGUCCUACGACAGAAGACAAAUAACCUCGCCAAUAAAUACGGUGGUGGCUUACAACGCCGCUGUUCGGAAAAUAUGCUUCCAGCCGUCCUCCAACUCUCCCAUAAGCAGCAGACCGACAACGAAAGGCAGCGAGUUCAACCAGAGACACAAUAUCGACGCUGCAAACAAGCCGCCCCCAGCGUCGGCAGGGGACUUCAACCCCGAUUUCUCACCCUCCAGCAGCACAAUUAUGUCGAUCGCCGGCGAUGCUAAGGACCUGGAGAACAUCUAUCUGCACGAGAUGCUUCCGCCCAGCGCGUCUCAGAUAGACGUCCAGAAGAACUCUAUAUCCAGUGAGGAGCUGAACAGAUUCGCUGGAGAAAUGGACGAGUAUCUUAAACAGCACAAGAGGAAGAUCGAGGAUAAGAUGCUUGCGGAGUUCUAUCAAAUGAGGAUUGAGAUCAGUAAGCAGUUCAUCGAGCUGCAAGACAAGAUAACGAAGAGUUGGGACGGUUUUAUGCAAUACUUGAGGAUGUCGAAUGACGAUGAGCAUCACAGUGAGAAAUCGAGCAGCGUGCAAACUUUCAAACACGCCGUGUCCGAUAUUAAAAGUGGCAAGACGAAGAAAACAAAAAUGAAGAUGUGAGGGCAGUUUUGUAACAACUAAUGAAGAGUUUAUUGUACGCUCGUCGAUAAUAAACCGUUUCACAUGCC